AUGUAUCAAAUCGAUGUCCACAAGAUGCACACUCACCCCAUUCUCAAGGGAAUGAAGUUCGACAUAAUCAUCUUCAACUUCGCUCAUGCUGGUCAUAUUUGUUAUCUACGUGAACAUGACACAGAAUUAAUCCAAAAGCAUAAGGAGUUGGUUGGAGCUUACUUCAGAAAUGCACGCAAGAUGUUGAGUGAAGGGGGUGAGGUGCAUAUAAGGCAUAGAGAUGACUCUCCAUAUGACAGAUGGGAUAUCGUUUCUCUAGCUGCUGAAGCUGGUUUGAAGUUGAAGGAGAAAGUGUGGUUUAGUGAGAGUGAGUAUCCAUAG